AUCAUCAAUCAAAAGUGAUAGAUCAGAUUCAGAUGUUUUCAGCUCUGUGUCUGUGAAGAGUGACCAGUCAAAAGGUGACAUGCCGAACCGCAGUGAGAAAAAACAAUCAACUACAAGAAGUGUAAGGUCAGGUUCACCUGUAUCCAGCUCUGUGUCUGUGAAGAGUGACCAGUCAAAAGGUGACAUGCCGAACCUCAGUAAGAAAAAACCAUCAUCAAUCAAAAGUGAUAGAUCAGAUUCAGAUGUUUUCAGCUCUGUGUCUGUGAAGAGUGACCAGUCAAAAGGUGACAUGCCGAACCUCAGUGAGAAAAAACCAUCAUCAAUCAAAAGACUUCAAUAUGAGACAUUAGAUUCAAACUCCCAGACUCGCAGGAACCACAAGAAUUUCACAGACAAUCUUCUGUGGAUCUUCCAGAAUCUUGAGAGGAAAAUAAUAUAAUUUCUGAAAAAUGAGCUGGACAAUUUUAAGAAAAUAUUACAAAAAGAGAACACACAAAACUUUGUGAUGGACUUUAAUGAGAAUAGAUGCAGUAUCAAAGAAGCAGCUCUUGAUCUCACACUCCACUUCUUGAGAGAUAUGAAGCAAGAUGAAGCUGCUGAUACUCUAGAAGAUGAGCUGUUCUUCAUUCAUCAGCUAAAAUAUAGCCUAAAAAAGAAGUACCAAUGUGUGUUUGAAGGAAUUGCAAAGCAAGGCGAUUCUACGCUUAUGAAUAACAUCUACACAGAUCUCUAUAUCACUCAGGGUGGUAGUGAACAGGUCAAUACUGAACAUGAGGUAAGACAGAUUGAAGUUACUUCCAGACGUCAUGAAUCACAGGAGAUACAGGUUGAAUGCAAAAACUUAUUUGAAGCUCCUGAACAACAAGACAAGCAGAUCAGAACUGUACUGACAAAAGGAGUUGCUGGCAUUGGAAAAACCAUCUCUGUGCAAAAGUUUGUUCUGGAUUGUGAAGGAAAAGAAAAUCAAGACAUCAGCUUCAUAUUUCCUCUUCCAUUCAGAGAGAUGAACUUAAAGGAGAAAGAAACACAAAGCUUGAUGGGUCUGCUAAAUGAGUUUUUUCCAGAGACAAAAAGACUGAACCUUACAAAAAGAAAUCAGUUUGAAGUUCUGUUCAUUCUUGAUGGAUUGGAUGAAUGUCGUCUUCCUCUAAACUUUGAGGGUAAUGAGACGUGGUCUGAUGUAUCGUCACCAGCCUCUCUGGAUGUUCUCAUAACAAACCUCAUCAAGGGAAAUCUGCUUCCUUCUGCUCUCAUCUGGAUCACCACCAGACCAGCAGCUGCCAGUAAGAUUCCUCCUGACUGUAUCGACCGGCUGACAGAGAUCAAUGAUGUACAAAAGGAGGAGUACUUCAGAAAAAGAUUCACAGACGAGAAUCAGGCCAAAGAAAUCUUUGGUCAUGUUAAACAGUCAAAGAGUCUCUUUAUCAUGUGCCACAUCCCAGUCUUCUGCUGGAUUUCAGCCACUGUUCUCCAAAACAUUUUAGAGGAGAAAAGAAAUAAUGAUCUGAAAAACGAUCAGGCUGAUGAUGCCUCCAAAACACUGCAGGAAUCAAAUACUGAAGACACUCCCAAGACUCUGACACAAAUGUACACACACUUUCUCCGCUUUCAGAUCCAGCAGAGCAGACGAAAGUAUGAUGGAAAAUACACACCAGAUGUUUCCUGGGAUAAAGAUGCCAUUCUUUCACUGGGAAAACUGGCAUUUCAACAGCUGGAAAAAAACAACCUGAUCUUCUAUGACACAGACCUGGAAGCUUGUGGUAUUGAUGUCUAUAAAGCAUCAGUCUAUUCAGGCAUGUGUACCCAGAUCUUUAAGGAGGAAACAGGGAUCAUUCUUUGUACCAUGUACUGCUUUGUUCACUUGAGCAUUCAAGAGUUUAUUGCAGCCCUUUAUGCACAUCUGUUUCUAGAUAUGAAUAAGAAAAGUGUGUUUGUUCAUGAGUCUACAGAACAGGAAAGCAAAAAUGAAGCCAUGAUUGAUUUGCUCAAGACUGCAGUGGACAAGGCACUCGAGAGUGACAAUGGACAUCUGGACCUUUUCCUUCGUUUCCUCCUCGGUCUGUCAAUCCAGUCCAAUCGACAACUCUUACGAGGUCUGUUGACACAGCAAGACAGCAAUGACCAAAUCAAAAAAGAAAUAGUUCAGUACAUCAAGCAGAAAUUUGAAGCUAAUCUGUCUCCAGAGAGAUCCAUCAAUCUGUUCUACUGUCUGAAUGAACUGAAUGAUCAAACUCUGGUGAAAGAGAUUCAGACUCACCUCAGCAAAGGAAGUCUCUCAUCUUCUGAUCUUUCACCUGCCCAGUGGUCUGCUUUGGUCUUUGUGUUGUUGACAUCAGAGGAGGAGCUGGAGGAGUUUGAGCUUCAGAAAUUCAAGAAAUCAUAUGAGUGUCUCAUUAGAUUAUCAGCAGUCAUCAAAACCUCCAAAAGAGCUCUGUUAAAUAAUUGUGGCUUAACAAACAAAAGCUGUUCAGCUAUGGCUACAGUUCUUGGAUCUGAUAACAAUCUGAAAGAGCUGAACCUGAACAAUAAUAAUCUGGAGGAUUCAGGAGUGAAGCUGCUUUGCACUGCACUGUUGAAUAUAAAGUGUAAAUUGGAGAUACUGAGUCUGUGUAAGUGUGGUCUAACAGAGGAAAGCUGUUCAGCUCUCGCUACAGUCCUGAGAUCAAACUCCAGUCUGAAAGGGCUUGACAUGAGCAACAAUAAUCUGCAGGAUUCAGGAGUGAAGAAACUCCAGAACGGAUUAAAAAAUACAAACUGCACACUGAAGAAACUCAGACUUUCAGAUUGCAGUAUCACUGAAGAAGGUUAUAAAGCUCUGGCUUCAGCUCUGAGAUCAAACCCUUCACACCUGAUAGAGCUGGAUCUCACAGGAAAUGAUCCUGGACAAUCAGGAGUGAAGCAGCUCAAUGAUUUACUACAGGAUCCAAACUAUCAACUGAAGACACUGAGGUUGUUAAAGAAUCCUGCUGCAGAUGAAGCCUGUCAGUAUGUGACAGGAAUUGUGGGUAAAAACCCGUUACUCCUGAGAGAGCUGAAUCUGAGUGAACGUGAACUAGGAGACACACGAGUGAAUCAGAUCACUGCUCUACUGAAGGAUAAACACUGUAAACUCAACACUCUGAUUCUGCAUAAGUGUGGUCUAACAGAGGAAAGCUGUUCAGCUCUCGCUACAGUCCUGAGAUCAAACUCCAGUCUGAAAGAACUUGACAUGAGCAACAAUAAUCUGCAGGAUUCAGGAGUCAAGAAACUCCAGAACGGAUUAGAAAAUACAAACUGCACACUGGAGAAACUCAGACUUUCAAGCUGCAGUAUCACUGAAGAAGGUUAUAAAGCUCUGGCUUCAGCUCUGAGAUCAAACCCUUCACACCUGAUAGAGCUGGAUCUCACAGGAAAUGAUCCUGGACAAUCAGGAGUGAAGCAGCUUCUUGAUUCUCCAAAGGAUCCAAAGUGUAAACUACAACUGAGGUUUUUGAGUCCUGCUGCAGAUGAAGCCUGUCAGUAUGUGACUGGAAUUGUGAGUAAAAACCUGUUACUCCUGAGAGAACUGAAUCUGAGUGAACGUGAACUAGGAGACACACGAGUGAAUCAGAUCGCUGCUCUACUGCAGGAUAAACACUGUAAACUCAACACACUGAUGUUGAAUAAUAACAAUAUUACAGAAGAGGGUUGUGCUGCUCUGACUUCAGCAUUUAAUUCAAAUCCUUCAAACCUGAUAGAGCUGGAUCUGAGUGGAAAUAAACUAGGAAACUCAGGAAUUAAGAAGAUCUGUCAAUUAUUGAAAAAUCAACAAUGCAAAUUGGAGAAACUAAGACUUUCAGACUGCAGUAUCACUGAAGAAGGUUAUAAAGCUCUGGCUUCAGCUCUGAGAUCAAACCCUUCACACCUGAUAGAGCUGGAUCUCACAGGAAAUGAUCCUGGACAAUCAGGAGUGAAGCAACUCAAUGAUUUACUGCAGGAUCCAAACUGUCAACUGAAGACACUGAGGUUUCUGAAAAGUCCUGCUGCAAAGGAAGUGUGUGAUUAUCUCACUAAAGUUCUGGGUAAAAGUCCAUUAUUACUGAAACAACUGGAUCUGAGUGGAGAUAAAUUAGGAGACCUGGAUGAGGAGAAGCUCUCUGCUCUUUUGAUGGACUCUCAUAGCAAAGUGGAGAAAAUCAAGCUGAAUAAUUGUAAGCUGACAGAGAAAAGCUGUUCAGUUCUAGCUACUGUUCUCUCCUCCAAAACCAUCCUGAAAGAGAUGAACCUGAACAACAGCCGUCUGCUGGACUCAGGAGUCAAAGAGAUCUGUGAGGGACUGAAGAGUCCUGUGUGUGAGCUGAAGAUACUCAAACUUUCAAGCUGCAGUAUCACUGAAGAAGGUUAUAAAGCUCUGGCUUCAGCUCUGAGAUCAAACCCUUCACACCUGAUAGAGCUGGAUCUCACAGGAAAUGAUCCUGGACAAUCAGGAGUGCGGCAGCUCAAUGAUUUACUGCAAAGUCAAUGGUAUUCACUGAAAACAGUGAGGUUUUUGGGUCCUGCUGCAGAUGAAGCCUGUCAGUAUGUGACUGGAAUUGUGGGUAAAAACGCGUUACUCCUGAGAGAACUGAAUCUGAGUGAACGUGAACUAGGAGACACACGAGUGAAUCAGAUCGCUGCUCUACUGCAGGAUAAACACUGUAAACUCAACACACUGACGCUGAAUAAUAACAAUAUCACAGAAGAAGGUUGUGCUGCUCUGACUUCAGCAUUUAAUUCAAAUCCUUCAAACCUGAUAGAGCUGGAUCUGAGUGGAAAUAAACUAGGAGACUCAGGAAUAGAGAAGAUCUGUCCUCUUUUGAAAAAUAAAAGAUGCAGAUUAAAGAAACUGAAAUUGUCAAACUGCAGUAUCACUGAAGAAGGUUAUAAAGCUCUGGCUUCAGCUCUGAGAUCAAACCCUUCACACCUGAUAGAGCUGGAUCUCACAGGAAAUGAUCCUGGACAAUCAGGAGUGAAGGAGCUCUAUCAUUUACUACAAGAUCAAAACUCUUCACUGAAGACCAUCAGGUUUUUGAAAAGUCCUGCUGCAGAGGAAGCAUGUGAGUAUUUCACUAAAGUUCUGGGUAAAAGUCCAUUAUUACUGACAGAACUGGAUCUGAGUGAAGAUAAAUUAGGAGACCUGGAUGGAGAGAAACUAUCUGCUCUUUUGAUGGACUCUCAUAGCAAAGUGGAGAAAAUCAAGCUGAAUAAUUGUGAGCUGACAGAGAAAAGCUGUUCAGUUCUAGCUACUGUUCUCUCCUCCAAAACCAUCCUGAAAGAGAUGAACCUGAACAACAGCCGUCUGCUGGACUCAGGAGUCAAAGAGAUCUGUGAGGGACUGAAGAAUCCUGUGUGUGAGCUGAAGAUACUCAAGUUAAGAUACUGUUAUAUGACAGGUGAAGGUUGUUCUGCUGUGACUUCAGCUCUGAAAUCAAACCCAUCACACCUGAGAGAGCUGGACCUGAGUAUGAAUGAACUAGGAGAAUCUGGAGUGAAAAACCUCAGUGAUCUACUGAUGAACCCACAAUGCAAGCUGGAGAAACUACAUCUGUGGAGAUGCAGUAUUACAGAGAAACAGUGUCUCAUCCUGACUUCAGCUCUGAAAUCAAACCCAUCACACUUGAGAGAACUGGACCUGAGUAAGAAUGAAUUAAAAAACACAGGAGUGAAUCACUUAUGUGACGUACUGAUGGAUUCAGACUGUAAACUGAAGAGAUUGAGUCUAUAUGACUGUAGCAUUACAGAUGUUUCUUCUUUAACUCAGUCUUUGACAAACACAAAAGCACUGCAGGUUUUAAAAGUGCUUGAUCUGAGUAACAAUAUGAUUGGAGACUCAAAGCAGCAGCUCAUUGAUGUGCUACAAGACUCAAACUGUAAACUGAGAGUAGAUGAAGAUCCAUUGUCAAGAGUCCCUGAUAGAGGUCAACGGCCAAAAGAUGAUGAAUGCUGUAUAUCAUAGAUUGGAAUCAUGAUGAGAGGAGCAGGAAACAUCAGGUGGAACAUAGGAGGAAGAAGCUCAGACGAGUCUGUCUGGCUCUUCAGUUUAAGGCCUACAAAUAUAAUAACAGUUGGAUUAAACUCAUCCAUAAUGAUUCAAAUGUUUCUAGUCAUAAUAAUAAUAAUAAGUUUAAUUUAUAUAGCGCUUUACAAAUCAAAACAUAAACACAACAAAAACACCGCCAGGUAGGCAGGCCUGGUGGGUUCCGGUAGCCGGAUUAAACACCGUUUGCACACAACCUCUGCGCACCAGCGAGAAUCAGAAAAAUGAAUUGUCUAGUUGAAGUCCAAGUCUGUUUAUAAGUGUGUAGAUGUAAAAUCACAUUUAAACAAGACAAUUGUAUCGAAAGAUAAAAGCAAGUCUAUAAUGUAAAAUUUCCAUGUCAUUUCAAGUAGUUACAUGAUCUCGCUUACAUUUUAUACACA